GCUAUUUAAUUCGACCCCCGAGGAUUUGACCCAGUACGGAGAGGUGGCCAUGUUUACAUGUAUUUUUCAUUGAGAUGUCCAUACGUUGUAUCGAAAAUUCAGCGAUUUGUGAAAUCUGUGAAAAUGGUUAAUGAGUUAGUGUCAGUAAGAAUCAAACCCUUCAUCCUUUUAUGAACUUGCACUUCGCUUUCUGUAACAUUUCUAAUGUUUUUUCUUUUUUAACUCAAUCUUCCUUUGUUUUGAUCUUGGUUUUGUUUUAGAAAAAACAAUGGUUCGUUCCCUCGCCUUAAACCUCUUAAGUUGUCUAUCAGUUGUUACACGCGUUACGAAGUCAUUAAAAAUUGAAAGUUAUUAAGCAUGAAACGUCCAAUCAAAACAAUGUCGAAGUCAAUCCGAGGCUAAAUCUUUGUUUGUGCCAUGACAUCGCCCACUGACAAUAACUUUUCUGUGACUGAAAUUUAAUUCAUUCAGUACUAGAAGGCAGAAGGUCUGGAAAAUCAAACUGAAAAAUGCUAUCUGAAAAUGAUGGUGAUUGCCAAGAAAGGAUAAGCCGACGCGUCGAAUUUAAGACAAGCUACAGUGUUGAAAGUUUAACAUCAGGAAGUAGCGACGGAGAAUCCUAUUCGCCGCGUUUGCCUCAUGUAAGGAGAAGGGACAGUCUGUUACAAAGAACAAAAUCCUUCAGUCAGAUCAUCCACGAAAUGGGCUCAAACACAAAGAAGUUAGAAGAAGAAAUGUAUGGACUUCUACGCGAUAUGGAUACCCUUCGUAAUCAGAACCUCAGUACUGGCCGGCGGCUUCAACGUCUACAGAGAGUGUCGGGAGCGAUGAAAGAACAACUACAGGCCUUCAGUCCUGUGCGGUCAGCAGCGAGUCAUCGACAUCUUAAUCACACGAACAUUAUGACCAUGAAUGAAAAGAGAAAUUGUUACUCAAUAGAAAAUCUGCCCACAGAAUCAACUUGAGUCCGAAAUAAGGGAAAUUGGCUAUUGUAAACAUCAAUUUUAUGGAUCAGCUGGCUUUGUUUAUUCAACAAUUAAAAGAAUCAGUAACACAGGAUUCCAAUAAAAACAGAUGUAGACAGUCAUCUAGUCAGUAGACUGUUUUCGUGUCCAUCUUUGAGGUAAAUUCAAUCCGAGAAAGGAGUCAUAGUUUUAUUAAGUUUUGAUAAAAGUAAGUGAGGGGACUUUCCGUGGUUUUCUAUGUGUAGUUAUUGAAUCCAGUCAAGAAGUUAUCUACUUGUAAUUGUUUAACUGGAGUAUUUACUGAUUAAAGUGAAGUGUGACUAUAGCCUGGCGA